AUGUCAAUGGAGGAGAGGCCGGAGACCGAGCUGAUAUCAAUUCCGGCGACGCCGCGCGCCUCCACGCCGGAGAUACAGACCCCGUCUGGGCAGCGGUCGCCGCGCGGCGGUGGGAGGGACGUGCCGCCGGGAACGGCACGGUCUUGGACGCCGACGUCGUUCAUUUCCCCGCGGUUCCUGAGCCCCAUCGGGACCCCCAUGAAGAGGGUGCUGGUGAACAUGAAGGGUUAUCUGGAGGAGGUGGGCCACCUCACCAGGCUGAACCCGCAGGACGCCUGGCUGCCCAUCACCGAGUCUCGCAAUGGGAACGCGCACUACGCGGCCUUUCAUAAUCUCAACGCCGGCGUCGGGUUUCAGGCGCUGGUUCUGCCCGUUGCCUUUUCUUUCCUCGGAUGGAGCUGGGGAAUAAUAUCGUUGAUCAUAGCUUAUGUCUGGCAAUUAUACACUUUAUGGAUACUUGUUCAGCUUCAUGAGGCAGUCCCAGGAAAGAGAUAUAACAGAUACGUGGAACUCGCUCAGGCAGCGUUUGGCGAGCGCCUAGGUGUCUGGCUUGCUCUUUUCCCUACCGUAUACCUAUCUGCAGGGACUGCAACAGCUCUAAUCCUUGUUGGUGGUGAGACCAUGAAAUUAUUCUUCCAAAUCGUGUGUGGCCCACUCUGCUCCUCAAAUCCUCUAACAACAGUUGAGUGGUAUUUGGUGUUCACGUCCCUAUGUAUCGUCCUAUCUCAGCUCCCAAACCUUAACUCCAUUGCUGGCCUCUCUCUCGUGGGGGCUGUCACCGCCAUCACUUACUCCACCAUGGUCUGGUUGCUCUCUGUCACUCAGCCACGGCCCCCCACAGUCUCGUACCAACCAAUCUCGAUGCCUACCCUAACCGCUUCUAUUUUUUCGUUCUUGAAUGCACUGGGGAUCAUUGCUUUCGCAUUCAGGGGCCACAAUUUGGUUCUUGAAAUUCAGGCAACCAUGCCGUCAACUUUCAAGAAACCGGCUCAUGUGCCAAUGUGGAGGGGAGCUAAGGUUGCGUAUGUCUUUAUUGCUAUGUGCUUGUUCCCAGUUGCUAUUGGCGGUUAUUGGGCUUAUGGGAACCUCAUGCCAUCGGGUGGAAUUCUAAACGCAUUAUUCGGAUUUCACAGCCACGACAUUUCACGUGGGCUCCUAGCCAUGCCUUUCCUUCUCGUCGUGUUCAACUGCCUGAGCAGCUUUCAGAUCUACUCGAUGCCCGUUUUUGACAGCUUUGAGGCCAGCUACACGGGCCGCACAAACAGGCCCUGCUCCAUCUGGGUCCGCUCUGGCUUCAGAGUCUUUUAUGGGUUCGUCUCGUUGUUUAUCGGUGUUGCCCUCCCUUUCUUGUCGAGCCUUGCGGGCUUGUUGGGUGGGCUCACUCUACCAGUCACCUUUGCCUACCCUUGUUUCAUGUGGGUUCUUAUCAAGAAGCCAGUUAGGUAUAGCUUUAACUGGUAUUUUAACUGGGCUUUGGGUUGGUUAGGUGUUGCUUUUAGUUUGGCUUUCUCCAUGGGAGGUAUUUGGAGCAUGGGACAACGAGGAGCCACGUUGAAUGCCUACGCACCGUCAUCCUCUGUCGACAAGGAGAGCAACGGCUCGGCCGCGAGGGAAGAUAAGCUGCUUAGUGCCCGACUUUGGUGCUAUGCUGGGCUCGAUGAGAUCGCUCGGAGAUAUGGUUAA